AUGAUGGAAGAAUACGACGUCUACGAAACAGUGGAAGAUGAAGACUCUUCCAAGGCUUGGAUCGCCUUUAUAAUCGAAAAAGAUUCGGAAAUAUUAAAAUUGACACGAAACGGCGAGAUUAUGUGGGCCGUCUUUGCGUCGCUGUGUGCCAUGGUGGUUCAUAUGGGCAUGGUGGUGUUUACCAUGGCCCGACGCAAGCAUUCCAGUGACGACUCGUGGAAAUGGCAAAUGAUUAUGAAACUGUGGACGGUCGGAGUGCACGUGCAAGCCAUGACCUUUCACGUUCUUCCCGUCUUGACGCUCCUCCCCUUCAAUCCUCUCCUCUGGUGUUUCAUGGCGUACUUGUGGCUCGGGGUGCUCUUUCAUCAAUGGUCCCUGCUGUAUCCAGAAGAAAUCGCUCCAAAAGUUCUGACGGCGUCCGUCAUUGUCGAGCCAAAACAACGGCGAAUAAAAAAACAAGGCAGUCGCAGAAAAAUUUGA